AUGUCCUCCCCACCAAGCCCAACCCAGAUCUUCUCCCCCCACAGCCUCCGCCGCGCCCUCGCCGCCACCCUCCACCCCAACCCCUCGCCAGACUCCGCAGAAACACUGCUCAAAAACGGCUCGUACCUCCGCCAACUCGACGAGCGGCACAGCGUCCUAGUCCGAGAAUUCGAUUUCGCUCUUGAAGAAUUCGAGCGCAUUUCCGAGGAACGUGACGCUAGCGAAGGGAAAGGCGGUGCGGAGGUGGAGAUGGUGCCGAAUAGGGAGUAUUUGCGGGCGAAUAAUGCGGUGGCGAAGGCGGAGCGGGAGUUGGGGGCUUUUAUGGAUGCGUGUGCGGAGCUGGAGGAGAUGCAGGGGGAGUGGGGUAGGGAUGAGGCGGAGGAGUGGGAUGGGCGGAAGGCGAUGGAGAGGUUGGAGAGGGAGGAUGCAGCCGCCGACGCUCGUGUUAAGGUCCGAUAUGAAGAGCGCUUGAGGCAGGCAGAGUUGGAGAAUCAGGACCUGAUCGCACAGACUAUCGAGCUGAAGGAGCAGAUCGAAGAAGCCAUCAAGUGGGCCCGCCAGCAGGAACACGAAAAGCACGAAGCCGGCAUCGCGAGUUUCGAAGCCCAAGCCAAGUACGCCGCUCUCAAGUGCGAGGUGUUGCGGGCGAUUGAGGCUGGCAAGCUGCCCAGGGGCUGGCCUCACCAGAAGAAGGCAGAGAGUCCAAUCUCCUCCUUCGGACGCCAGCGUAAGAAGAGGCCGGAUGUUUGCUGCAUUGACGGGGCUCUGGACGCGAGCAACGGCGACGAGUAG